CUCGAAGACACAUGGAGCAACAGUGUUUGUUUACAUAGACAGAAACUCUAAUUAUUCGGAAUUAUUCAGUAAUAAACAUGAGUUUUGCAAGAACGAAGGACGUGAUUGACGAGGGUGACGCUGUGGUGCUGUACCUGGGCCCCCAGAGCAUGCACACCUUCGAGGUGACUCAGAAAAUAGUGAAUAAGAAGGGGGAAAUGGUGGAUAACGUCUUCCAGACGACGUACGGUGCCCUGAAGGUUCCGAGUUUGAUUGGGAAAAGGUAUGGCUCCAAAGUGGAACUGUCGAAGGGCUGGGCUUUUGUUCUUCAACCCACUCCCGAGCUGUGGACCACGACUUUACCACAUCGUACACAGAUUAUUUACACUCCGGAUAUCAGUUUGAUUAUUCAUCUGUUGGAGCUGGUGCCUGGGAGCAUUGUCAUCGAAACUGGUACAGGAAGUGGAUCCCUCUCGCACUCCCUAAUCCGCACAGUCCGGCCCCACGGCCACUUGUACACCUUCGAUUUCCACGAGCAGAGGGUCCAACUAGCAACUGAAGAAUUCACUAAACACGGCUUGAGUGACCAUGUGACUGUGGCCCAUCGAGAUGUCUGUCUAGAGGGAUUCGGGGAGGAUCUCAAGCACAAGGCAGACGGUGUAUUCCUCGACUUGCCCCACCCCUGGUUGGUGGUGGACCAUGCGGUCAGUGCCCUGAAGAAAUCAGGGGGCAAAUUGUGCUCCUUCUCACCCUGCAUCGAACAAGUCCAACAGACUUGCCUCAAAUUAGAAGCUGCUGGAUUUGUGGACAUUAGAACUCAGGAGUGUCUGCAGAGGGAAUUGACUGUGCAUUACAAACACUGUCCAAAAUUGGAAUUGGAUUGUUUUAAACCACAGAAAUUGACUCCAGAUGAAAUUCAGAAGAAAAACGAUGAGCAGGAGAGGAUAUUGACAGUCUCCCACUCAUCCUCAACCCCCGGACACACAGGCUACAUCACAAUAGCAACUCUGCCCCCCGAUUUUGCUCGUCUCAUAGCCACAUAACAAUAAAUGACGAAAAAAUCCUGUAAUUUUGUACAAAAAAAAACUGUUUAUUCAUCUCA